AUGUACGCGUGUACAUUUUGUCAUUUGGGUGCUUAUAUGCUGCCUACAAGAAAUGUUGUUUUUAACACUUUUUUUUGGUUUGUAUUGUUUUCAAAUCAAUUUGAUUUUGGUUUUGCCGGAUUUCCGGUUUUGCGUGCUGCUUCUUCUUUAUUCUUGUUGUUGUCUCUAUCUCGAGAGGGAGGAAGUGACAUGGUUGAGGAGCCGCCGCCCCAGCUGCCCAUCGGCGACCGUGGCUAUCUUGCGUGUCGUCAGUGCCGCCUCAUUUUGACGGAGACGCAGUUUAUUCGUGACGGGUGUUCCGUGUGUGGCACGGGGCCUGUUAGCCGCGAUGAGCUGCACGAUGUCACUACCGCCGACUUUUCGAACUUUGUCGGUCUCAUUGCGCCGGAGAAGUCGUGGGUUGCGCGGAUGAUCGGCAGGACGGGAUGCCCAAAUGGCGUCUUUGCUGCCAUGCUCAACGACGAGGACGAGGAGGAGAUCGACAGCAACGAUGACGGCGACGAUGGCGCCGUCGAGGAAGACGACAAAGAGGAGGAGGUGGAGGUGGGGGACGAGCACACAGACGGAGGCGGGGGGCACAGAGACGACACCCCGCCAAGCAGCAGACCGGCAUCGCCGGUCAUGACGGAUGAGGAAUUUUUGGUCACCGAGAAAUAA